AUGUCGGCUGCUCGUGCCGGCAUGCGGAGGCACCACAGCGUGCGUUUUAAUUUUAAAACUGUUAAUGGAAAGCUCCUGGAGUUGUCCCGCUUGGACUUCUCCAGGAAGCUAAUCCAAAAAGCCUUGAAAUUUAAACCCGACGAACUGAACUGUAUAGUGACUCUGCCCCUUAACAAGGGAUUUGAUGUUAGCUUUAAAGCUGCCUCCCACUUAAACGUUUUUUGGCAAAGAUUUGACUCUGUAAAAGACCAAUUUUGCACUGUUCGUGGACAGCCAGUUAAGGUGCUAGAUGAGGAUGGCAUCUGGAAUUGCUCCUGGCGGAUUCCCAUCAAACAAUGGGAGGAUGCCGGAGGAUUCCAGGGCCUGAGACAUCUGCCCUCCAUGAUUGUGCUGGGAGAGAACAGAGGCUACAUUCAUUACCAAGGCAUGCCCAAACUUUGUAGAAAGUGCAACAAGUUUGGGCAUUUAGCAGAAGCGUGCCAAGAAACAGUAUGCGGGAAGUGUAAAGAAAUUGGACAUAGUUUUGAACAAUGUACCAAUGGCAGGCGGUGCAAUCUCUGUGGUGAUUCAAACCAUCUCUAUAGAGAUUGCCCAAAAAGCUUUGCAAACAAACUGAAAAGUCAAAAAAUGGCCGCCCCACCGACCACGCUGGUUUUAGAACAAAGAGAAGGGGCGGGGCCUGAGGUUUUGGCGGGAGCCGACAUCUCCCAGCCAGCCUCAGAGCCCAACCAAUGCCGAGAAGGUGGGGCGGCCCCAGGGGCGGAGUCACAGUCGGUAGAGGUGGGGAGAGAGGAGGUAAACGAACCAAUAGGAAUGGAAAAGGGAGAGGAAACGACCUCCUCUCUCCUCACCGUCUCUGAGGUGAGUGUUGCAUCAAGUGAUGCCUCACUCCCAAAUGCUCAGGUGCAGAAAAGACCUGCAGACUCUCCUCUGUGUGAUGCAGAGAAGAAACAAAGAGUGGUCAGUGGCUCAGAUGGUUCAGAAAUGGACAGUCUGAGCCAUGAAUGGCCACUCAUGUCUCCAAAUGAGGUCUCCUUUUUGCACAUAAAACUAACUACAUCGUCGCCUAAAGAUCCACAAGAGCUUGUCUCUGUGGGCUCUGAGGCGAUAGGCACUUCCUCUAAUUCCUCCCCUGAUUGCCAUGGGGGAAAAGACGAGGAAAUGCUACAGGACCACACGUGAGUUUUAAAAGAUUUUAUUGUCUUUUAAUCUGCGUGAUUGGUGAUGGCUGAGACUGU